AUGUCCGCGGCCCGAAAACCUACCGACGGUCUGCUGGCGCGCGUCAAUUUCCCGCUGUACGCGAUCGAAAUGCUAACCAGCCGACACGUACUGGUAGCUGGUGGUGGCGGUGCAUCAAAAACGGGUGUUGCGAAUGGAUUUGAAAUCUACGAGAUAUACCACGAUGGGGAAAAGUACGUCGCGGACGAGGUGAUACGGCACGAAACGGGCCCAACGGUUGUGAUGAACUGUGCGGUGAAGAACGACGAAAAGCGAACACUUCUGAUGGCUGGACAGGAGAGUCACUGUCAGAUGUACCUCGUAAAUACCAUAAUUGAUUCCGGAGAGUACAACUCCACCUCGCCUAUCUCGAACAAAACCGACCCGGAAGGGUUGCGCAAGCGGCGAAGCAUUUCCCAGCAACGUUCCAGCCUCGGUACGAGUGCGCCACCACCCACAGUCCACGGUGGCGAGUCGAAGAAGACGGACGACGGUAAACCAACUCCAGCGGCCCGAAAACAGAUACGAUUCGAGAUCAAAACGGCUGACUCGGUGCAGACAGACUUUACCGAGGCGGAACCGUUGCAGCGAGUUGUCCGUAUCAGUCCUAACGGACGUCUGAUGGCCACUGGCGGCAUGGAUGGUCAUCUGCGGGUGUGGAACUUUCCUAAGAUGACUAUUGCAUCGGACAUUGCGGCACACACGAAGGAAAUAGACGAUUUGGACUUUAGCCCGGACAGCAAGCACGCGGUGUCGAUCGCGAAGGACGGACUCGGCGUAAUCUGGUCCAUCAACCCCGACAAGGAAUCGAAGAAGUUGGUCUGGAAUCCGCCCGCCAAUUGUCGUUAUCUGUUUAAACGCUGCCGAUACGGGCUUGUGGAGGGACAGAAGGACAAAUUUCGGCUAUUUACGCUUGCCAACCCAUUUGCCAAAUCGGGCAAGGCGAAGGGACUGCUGCAGCAGUGGGACCCGGAAGCGGGGCGGAUGACCGGUGUGGUCGAGAUCGACGAAUCGUUGGCUGCGCUAGCGGUACGGGACGAUGGCCGGUUCGUGGCCAUCGGUACGAUGUUCAGUGGUUCCGUGUCUGUGUACAUUGCCUUCAGCUUGCAGCGUGUGCUACACGUACCAAAUGCACACGCAAUGUUUGUCACGGGCCUUGAGUUUCUACCGGUAACCAAUUUCGAUGGCCCGGCCAUCACUGGCGAUACUGAGGCUGCAGUGCUGUCCAUUUCCGUCGACAAUCGUAUCUGUGUUCAUAGCUUACCGUAUAGACAUUCACUGCCUGCCUGGGUGGCUAUUAUCGCAAUCAUCUGCAUACUGUUCUUAACAUUCUGCUUCUGCUCAUACGUUGGGCUGUAA